AUGUUUUCCGCUGAAAACAGAGCAGCUUCUGCAUCUGCUCUUUCCUGUUCUUCUCCUACCUCCAUCUCCUCCUCCUCCUCCUCCUCCGCCUACUCUUCCUCUUCUUCUUCUUCUUCUUCAGAAUGGAGAUAUGAUGUGUUCCUCAGUUUUAGAGGUCUAGAUACUCGCGAUAACUUCUCUGACCAUUUAUACUCGGCUCUAAAGGAAAGAGGCGUUAAGGUAUUUAGGGAUGAUAAGCAACUGGGAAAAGGGAAGAUCAUUACUCAAGCAAUCUUUCGAGCAAUCGAAGAAUCGAAGCUUUCAAUUGUUGUGUUUUCAAGAAAUUAUGCUUCGUCAGAAUGGUGUUUGGAUGAAAUUGUAAAGAUCGUUGAAUGUGUGAAUGAAAACAGUCAUGUAGCUUUUCCAGUUUUCUAUCAUGUAUCACCUGAUGAUGUGAUGAAUCAAACUGGCCAUUAUGAGGACGCUUUUCUUCGUCAUCAGAAGCUUUUCAAGAAGGAGAGAUUGCAGAGAUGGAGGAUUGCUCUCAUUGAAAUUGCCGGUAUAUCGGGAUGGGAUGUCCAAAAUUACAGAUCUGAGUCAAAAUUAUUAAAAAGCAUAGUUAAGAAGAUAUCACGUAAUUUGAGAUGCACAUCCCCAAGGACUGGCAAGCAGUUGGUUCCAUUAAGUUCCCAAAUAAAGAAGAUUAAUUUGUAUCUAUACGAAGGGUUAGAUAAGACUGACAUAGUGAGAAUUUGUGAGAUGGAUGGAAUGAGCAGUACAACUAUUGGAAGAGUUGUUUAUGAUGUAGUCAUUAAUCAGAAAUGGGGAUUGUUUCGUUUUCAAGAACUUGUUUCUGAAAUGCCAAGGGAGUGUAGGAGAAACAUAUGGGAUGCUGAUAGAGUAACAAAUGUGAUAAGGAAUAAACUGCAACAUAAAAAAGUACUUGUUCUUAUUGAUGAUAUGGAUAAACUAGAACUAGUGGCAUCCUUGGUUAGAAAGCAUGGCUGGUUCAUUCCAGGAAGUAGAAUUGUUAUAUCAGCUAGAAUUCUUAACAAAACUAGCUUGAAAGUACUAGACAUAAGUUUUGGUCAACCAAAGGAUAGGGGGAAUGUACUUAAUGUAAUAUUUAAUGAAGCAGAAAAGGCAAAUAAUGGCAUGUUCUUAGAUGUUGCAUGUUUCUUGACGGAGAUGGAUGAUGAUCAUGUAACAAGAACAGUUCAAUCAUUGUUCAGUGAUCAUCUGCAGGCAAAGAGUGGAAUGAAAGUUCUCAUCAAUAAAUCUUUGAUAGAUAUUUCAGUUAAUGAGCAUAUUUUGCCUCUACAAGAUCUAAGUGACAAAUGCUUUACCCAGAAAAACCUGGAAGAGCCUAGAAGCCACAAGAAGUUUUUGGAUAUGGUAGGCAUUUACAGAAUGGAGGGGGUUGACGGUGAAUCAAGCCAAUCAAAUUUGAAGACUGAAAAUGAAUCAAUGAAGGGUCGUUUAAACAACGACAAAUCUUGGAGUCAGAACCAAAAUUUAGUUGGAAAUGCUGUUUCUGGAAAGGAUACAAGUUCUCUGCACAUUCUUGCAAGAGAACCAGUUAAAGUAAGGGAAUAUCCAGCUUGUGUUGCGCCAUUGGAAUUGAAAAGCAGUGGCAUAUCAGAAGCUAGUUGUGCAGUUGUUGGAAAAUACAAUGCAGCUAAAUUGCAAUCAAAGCUUAGAUUCCAGGAAGUCAUUAAUCAGCAUCAGUUACAGUUUUUCAUGCCUCAGAGCUCAAAUGGUAAGAAGAUUGUUAGAAUUCCUAGAGCUGUAGUUGAAGAGGGAAUUAAACAGUGGGAUGCAUGUCUCGUGGGGCAAUUACUUGGGAAAAGUGCUGAUAUCAGUGUAAUGCUGAGUUUGGCUAAUGGAUUAUGGGGCAAAGAAGGAAGAAUAGAAGUAACCAAAACUGAAAAUGACCUUUACAUCUUUAAAUUUCCAAAUGAAAGAACAAGAGACUUUGUUCUGGAAUCUGGACCUUGGUACGUAGCAAAUAAUCCUUUAGUGAUGCGGAGAUGGCAACCCAGGAUGAAACUGUUGGAACUUAAUAAAUCAAGAAUCCCUGUUUGGAUCAAACUUACAGGGAUCCCUAUGGAGUAUAUGACGAUGCAGGGGCUGAGUUAUAUAGCUAGUGCUCUUGGGAAACCUUUGAAUGUUGAUAGGGCAACUGCUAGUGUGUCUGCAAUUGCAAAAGUCUGUGUGGAAGUGAGCAUAGAAGACAAGAUGAUGGAAAAUAUAACAGUUAUGGAUGAUGAUGGUGAGGAGCUGGUUGUAAGAGUGGAGUACCUCUGGAUGCCUGAAAAGUGCAUUUCCUGCAGAGAGUUUGGACAUUCAAUAAGGACAUGUCUGCGCUUCAAGAAUUUGAUUGGAAAAACUGAUUAGUUUUUUUUUGGUCGAAAAUCUGAUUCGUUCCUGUGAAGGGACAUGGUAUCAAUAUCUGUAUUGUGGAACAUACAUGGAUACCAUAGCUGUUUAGUUCAAGCUCAAGAGCACGGGAGUAGUUAUUCAUCAUGACAAUGUGAAAAAUGAAGAAGAACAAAGAUCUUUUGAAGAAUAAUAAAGGAAAGAGCAGAAGAAAAAAAAUCAUGUGAUAGGCAUUGGGAGGAUGCUAAAAUCCUUCUUAGUAUCUCUUGUGCUGCUUUUGUGCAGGGCUUAUGAGAGUUCAAAUGCAAAAUUUUUGUUAGUGGAUGAGUAAUAGUUCAUUAAAACCUUUGUUAAUUUUGUGGUUUAAA